GACUUAGUUAUACGAUUUUUCAUCUUCUUCUCCACCGCCAAGAACCACACUUGUCGCCACCACCAGAUUCCACCCUCACACAACGAACCCGGCCCCUGCCUUUCCUUUGUUGCCUGACACUCCGGUAUAAAAAGACAAUGUCUUCUUCUGGGGUGAACUUUGAAAGUUAUCUAAUUCCAUUGGAAGAAAUCAACCGUGCCACCGAAAACUUCAGCCAACAGAGAUGUAUCGGUGCUGGCGGAUUUGGUGUAGUCUAUAAAGGAGAACUCUCAAAACGCUGGCAAAACCUGACAGUUGCUAUCAAACGCCUAGAUCAGUAUAACUACCAAGGAAAGGUUGAGUUCCACAACCAGCUUGAGAUGAUUUCGAAAUUUCACCAUAAAAAUAUCAUCUCUUUUAUUGGCUACUGUGAUGAACACAAUCAGCAGAUAAUAGUUUAUGAGUAUGCUUCCAAUGGAAGCCUUGACCAUCAUCUCCAAGACCCAGAUAAGAGGUGUUGCAUAACAUGGAUACAACGGCUCAAGAUUUGCUUAGGGGCAGCAAGAGGACUCCAUUACCUUCACUCGGGUCUUGGGAAAAGAGUAAUACACGGAGAUGUGAAGAGUGCUAACAUAUUGUUAGAUGGCAAUUUGGUCGCAAAAAUUGGUGAUUUUGGUUUGUCGAAAGUGGGAUCCAGAAUUCAGCGAGAUACCCAACUCUAUACAAGGGUCGCGGGUACCCAGUAUUACUUGGAUCCCACCUACUAUGAAAGCGGCAUCCUUCGAAAAGAAUCAGACGUGUAUUCGUUUGGCGUGGUACUGUUUGAAAUUCUCAGUGGCAUGCUGGUUUAUCUUCAAAGGAGCUUUAGAGAUGCUAAGCAACCGUCUCUGAUGAAUUACACCCGAAAAUACUCUCAGGAACUGGAAAAGCUAAUUGAUCCUCAUAUACGAGAUCAAAUUUACAGUCGUUCUUUUCAUAUCUUCAGCCAAAUAGCAUAUCAGUGCAUUAGUUUGGAUUUAAAGGAACGCCCUACGAUGGAGAUGGUUAUUCAGAGGAUUGAGGAAGCACUACAUAUUCAAAUGGAGGUGAAUGCUACUGUCCUUUGUGAGUGUCUUCUACUAGAAGAUGGAUUCAGUUAUGGAAAACCUGUUGCAGCGUACACAAUAUACAAAUGCCUUCUCCAUUGGAAAACACUUGAAGAUGAAAGAACGCCCGUAUUUGAUAAACUUAUUCACAUUAUUCUUUCAGCAAUUGAGGAUGGAGAUGAUAACAAUCAAAUGGCGUAUUGGAUAUCAAAUGCAUCUACUUUGAUAUUCUUAAUCCAAGAAAGUCUAAAGAAGCGAGUGGCAAUGGCAUCUCAUUCGUCUGUAUCUUCUGGUACCCUUGCUGAGGCUGAGGAUGCAGUACAACAAGUUGAAGCCAAAUACCCUGUUUUGCUUUUUCAGAAGCGGCUCAUUGCAUAUGUAGAGAAAAUGUAUGACGUUAUUCUUAGCAACAUGAACAAAGAAUUGGGAUCAUUAAUUGCCUUAUGUAUGCAGGAUCCUUCCAGGUCCGAGGGAGUUCUAAUAUCAGGACCCUCCUUUGGCAAAGAUUCUCACUUUAAUCAUUGGCAAGGCAUUGUUGAUUGCCUCAACUCUCUUCUCAACACACUGAAAGAAAAUUUUGUGCCUCAGAAAAUUGUUCAGAAGAUAUUUACUCAAAGCUUCUCAUCUAUCAAUGUGAAGAUCUUUAAUAGUCUUCUUCUGCGCCCGGAGAGCUGUUCAUUCAAAAACGGGGAAUAUGUGAAAUCCGGUUUAUUAGAGUUAGAGCUAUGGUGUAGUCAGGCAAAGGAACAGUAUGCAGGCUCAUCUUGGGAUGAACUAAAGCCUAUUAGAGAGGCUAUUGGGUUCUUGACGUUAACUCAAAAAGACCGGAUAUCGUAUCAAGAAAUCACCAAUGAUCUAUGCCCAAUUCUAAGUCUCCAACAACUGCAUAGAAUGUGCACUCUUUAUUGGGAUGAGAAUGCAAACACUCCACGAGUUUCCCAGGAUGUUAUUUCAAUCAUGAGGAUACUGAUGACAGAAGAAUCUAGUAAUUCUAGCGGCAAUUCCUUUUUAAUAGAAGAUAGGUCCAGCGUGACUUUCUCUGUUGAUGACCUAACUACAUCCUUGCAAGUAAAAGAUUACGCAAAUGUUAAGCCUAGUGCAGAACUUUCCAAGAAUCCAACUUUCCAAUUUUUGUACAACUAAUUAAACAUCGGUUUUCAACAUAUUAUGUCUUGUUAAUGUACAACAUGUACAUUUGUUGUAAAUUUGGGGACAAGAAGAAGUUUAAUUGUCAAAUCAUAUGCUUUCUUUUUAGGGCCUAUAAUGGAACUUGUGAUAAACUACAUACAUUUAUAUGGAUUUUAUAGGUUGAUAACUAGGGUUGAUGCAUGUGAUGA